AUGGAAAUCCCGGACGUUGCGAACGAUUCUCCACCGCCUCAGAUGGCCGAGAACAGUGAUCGCGUUGACAGCAACCAGGUGGUGGAUGAUGACGAGGAGGAAGAUGAAAGUUGUGCGCCAAGCGUAGACCACCUGAAAGUAAUCGAAGGAUACCAACUGAAAACAACCAUCGAAGACCAACUAAAAACAAAUGGUAAAGACCAACUGAAAGUACUCGGCGACGUUGUUCAACAGCAACGGGACGAGCUUGACUACUAUCAGCGGCAGCUGGCCAUUAAUGAGCACAAGUACCUGACGGACGUCAGCGAUUUGCGAUCGCAGCUGCAGUCUUCAAAGAAGAUGUACGACACAGCCAAGCACGAAAAGGAAGCAGCUUUCAUGCGUUACGUGCUCAAGGAAAAGGAAAUACUGGACCUGAGCACCGAAAAAAAAAAACUGAUUGACAGUCUAAAGGACAGAGACAAGCAGAUCGCACGGUUGAAAGUCAACUCCAAAGAUGUGGCCAGUUGUACAGGCGUAAUAGAAACAAAAAUCAGAGAGAUCAAGGAAUACAAGACUAUAAUUGACUUGCUCAAAGAUGAGAAGUCAAAGAUUUCAAAAGACUUAGAAUUCUGGAAGACUAAGUAUGAACAUGAGUCAAAGUGUUCGCACGAAACCGAAAGUAAAUUAUUGCGCGAAGUUCAAGAACUGCAGAAUAGAUUAGAAUCGUUGACCAAACAAAAUGAAUCGUUUAAUGAAGAGAGUAAUUUAGAAAAGAUUAUACUGAACAGUAAAUUGUAUUUGGAUUUGAAGGAAUGUUUAGAGCAACAACUUCAAGAGGUGAACAUAUUAAAAAGUGUUAUCGAAGAGCUGAACAAUAAACUAAACAAAUGCACUUGUACUGUUAACUCUCUGGAAAAUGAAAAUAUCGACCUUAAAACUUAUAUGGAAAGUUGUGAAAUGAAAACCAAUGAAUUGCUUGUGUUUACAGAAAGUUUGAGUUCGCGCAAUGCAUCACUGCAGUCGGAAUGCCUAAAUUUACAAACAGCUUUGGACCGAUUAAAAAGCAACUGUGAUAUUUUAAAACAAAAAAACAAUGAUCUCAAGACUGCUUUCCGAGCACAAGAGGAUAGCGUAGCAAAAGAAAAAGAGCUUUAUGACCGUGACAAAAAAGAACUGGCCAGUCAUUUGGCGCUUAAAAUGCAAAUGAUUGCUGACUUGAAAACCACAUUGGAGCGCACUCAAGAUGAUUUACACGUUUCUAAACGAAAGUUUAAAACUACAGUGGCCGAGCUGACCAAAGAGUUACAGAAAAAAAACAUUGUUGACACUUCUGUUGAAAUGAAAAUGGUCUUGGACAAGAUGGUUAAACUGCAGCAAGAAAAUGCCAGGAUAUGCGAAAAACUAGAUUUUGUUGAAGACCACAACAAGCAUUUGCUGUGCGAACUAAAGAAAAAAAGUAGUAUUAUGCAAAAACAUAGUUUACCUGGCAGUAAGAAUGGCCCUAGUUUGAGCGAACAGAAACCAGAACGUUACUGA